GGCGCCAUCUUGAAAUCUGAUCCUCGAUCUCCGAGUCUUUGCGUAAGCAGCAGGGUGCUGCUCUUGUACCGCGAACCCAGCCUGCUAAAAGGGAGGACGUUGGGGACGCGGCGGCUGGCGGGAGAGAGAGCCGGAGACAUGGCUGGUUGCGAGCGCGGCCUGCGCUGCUGUCACUCAGCAUCCCCUUAAGGCGUUUUUUACGCCCGCCCCCUUCCCGAGGGGCGGGGCUGCCCACCCUGGUACCCGGAGCCCGCGCGCGGGUGGCAGAGGUGCGCCCCUGCAGCGUGGGGACCCCACCGGACUGUGCCAUGCCCGCCGGAGGCCACGGAAGAGGGAGACUCCGCGCAACCAAGUGCCAGUGAGUGAACAGGCUGCAGCCGCCUCCGGGAACCUUGGCAACUGCUGAGAGAGAAGAUGAAGGAGGUUUGCAGGAUCUGUGCCCGGGAGCUGUGCGGAAACCAGCGGCGCUGGAUCUUCCACACGGCAUCUAAGCUCAACCUCCAGGUUCUGCUUUCGCAUGUCCUGGGCAAGGAUGUGUCCCGGGAUGGCAAAGCCGAGUUUGCUUGCAGCAAGUGUGCUUUCAUGCUUGAUCGGAUCUAUAGAUUCGACACUGUUAUUGCCCGGAUCGAAGCUCUUUCUAUUGAGCGCUUGCAAAAGCUGCUGCUGGAGAAAGACCGCCUCAAGUUCUGCAUUGCUAGCAUGUAUCGUAAGAAUAACGACGACUCUGUCACGGAAACCAAGGCAGGGAAUGGGACGGUUGACAUUUCCGGCUUACCUGAUGUCAGAUACUCUGCACUGCUCCAGGAAGACUUUGCGUAUUCAGGGUUUGAGUGUUGGGUAGAAAAUGAGGAUCAGAUUCAGGAGCUCCACAGCUGCCAUGCUUCGGAAGGUCCUGGAAACCGACCCAGGAGAUGCCGUGGUUGCGCAGCUUUGCGGGUUGCUGAUUCUGACUAUGAAGCCAUUUGUAAGGUGCCUCGAAAGGUGGCCAGAAGUAUCUCGUGUGGCCCUUCUACCAGGUGGUCCACCAGCAUUUGCACUGAAGAACCAGCGUUGUCUGAAGUGGGGCCACCGGAUUUACCAAGUACAAAGGUACCCCCAGAUGGAGAAAGCAUGGAGGAAGGGACACCGGGAUCCUCAGUGGAAUCUUUGGAUGCAAGUGUGCAGGCUAGUCCUCCACAGCAAAAGGAUGAGGAAACGGAGAGAAGUGCAAAGGAACUUGCAAAGUGUGACUGUUGUUCAGAAGAGCAGGCUCCACAACAUAUGUGUAACCACAAGCUGGAGCUAGCUCUUAGCAUGAUUAAAGGUCUUGAUUAUAAGCCCAUCCAGAGUCCCCGAGGGAGCAAGCUUCCUAUUCCAGUGAAAUCCAGCCCACCUGGAGCCAGGCCUGGCCAUAUCAUGACAGAUGGAGUUAGUUCCGGUUUCCUUAACAGGUCUUUGAAACCCCUUUACAAGACAUCUGUGACUUAUCCCUUGGAAAUUUCAGACUUGCAGGAGCUGUGGGAUGAUCUCUGUGAAGAUUAUUUACCACUUCGGGUCCAGCCCAUGACUGAAGAGUUACACAAACAACAGAAGCUGAAUUCGGACGAGACCAUUAUAACUCCGCAGUCUGUAUCUGAUUCCCACUUGGCAGAACUCCAGGAAAAAAUCCAGCAAACAGAGGCCACCAACAAGAUUCUUCAGGAGAAACUGAAUGAAAUGAGCUGUGAACUGAAGUCAGCUCAGGAGUCAUCUCAGAAGCAAGAUGGUACAAUUCAAAGCCUCAAGGAAACUCUGAAAAGCAGGGAAAAUGAGACCGAGGAGUUGUACCAGGUGAUUGAAGGUCAAAAUGACACAAUGGCAAAGCUUCGAGAAAUGCUGCACCAAAGCCAGCUUGGACAACUUCAUAGCUCUGAGGGUGCUUCCACGGCUCAGCAGCAGGUGGCUCUGCUUGACCUUCAGAGUGCCUUGUUCUGUAGCCAGCUCGAAAUACAGAAACUCCAAAGGGUCAUACGCCAGAAAGAACGCCAACUCGUGGAUGCCAAACGAUGUGUGCAGUUUGUAGAGGCUGCAGCCCAUGAGAGAGAACAGCAGAAGGAGGCUUCUUGGAAACAUAACCAGGAAUUACGAAAAGCCUUGCAGCAGCUUCAAGGAGAAUUGCAGAGUAAGAGCCAACAGCUUCGUACCCUGGAGGCUGAAAAAUACAAUGAGAUUAGAACCCGGGAGCAGCACAUUCAGCACCUAAACCAUAGUCUGAGUCACAAGGAACAGCUGCUUCAGGAAUUUCGGGAGCUCUUGCAGUAUCGAGAUAAGUCCGACAAAACCCUUGAAGCGAAUGAAAUGUUGCUUGAGAAACUUCGGCAGCGAAUACAAGAUAGAGAUGUUGCUCUGGAGCGGGCUAUAGAUGAAAAGUUCUCCACCCUGGAAGAAAAAGAAAAAGAACUGCGUCAACUCCAUCUCGCUGUGCGAGAGCGAGAUCAUGACUUAGAGAGACUGCGUGGUGUUCUUUCCUCUAAUGAAGCUACCAUGCAGAGUAUGGAGAGUCUCCUCAGGGCCAAAGGCCUGGAAGUAGAACACUUAUCUGCUACCUGUCAAAACCUCCAGUGGCUGAAAGAAGAAAUGGAAACCAAAUUUAGCCAUUGGCAGAAGGAACAAGAAAGUAUCAUUCAGCAGUUACAGACAUCUCUGCAUGACAGGAACAAAGAAGUGGAGGAUCUUAGCUCAACGCUGCUCUGCAAACUCGGACCAGGACAGAGUGAAAUUGCCGAGGAGCUGUGCCAGCGUCUGCAGAGAAAGGAAAGGCUGCUGCAGGAACUUCUAAGUGAUCGAAACAAGCAAGCAGUGGAACAUGAAGUAGAGAUUCAAGGCCUGCUUCAGUCUAUGAGCACCAGAGAGCAGGAGAGCCAAGCCUCUGCAGAGAAGAUGGUACAGGCCCUAAUGGAAAGAAAUUCAGAAUUGCAGGCCCUGCGCCAGUAUUUAGGAGGGAAAGACUUCAUGGUGUCCCAAGCACUGAUCUCUAACCAACCCACUGAAGUUACCUCCAGCAGCCCCCAUCUUGGAGAUCAGACUGAUCAAGGUUCCGUGCAUAUACCCUCCAAGGAUGAUGGCAUUUCAUUGACUGCCAAAGGGGAUACCAGUAUAGCCAGGUCCUCAUUAGGAGACUUGGAUGCAGUGUCCGGGCUGGAGAAAGAACUGAGUACUGCCAAGGAGGAGCUCGAGCUCAUGGCUAAAAAAGAAAGAGAAAGUCGGAUGGAACUUUCUGCACUACAGUCCGUGGUGGCUGUGCAACAGGAAGAGCUGCAGGUGCAGGCGGCCGAUCUGGAGUCCCUGACCAGGAACAUACAGAUAAAAGAAGACCUCAUAAAGGACCUGCAAAUGCAACUGGUUGAUCCUGAAGACAUACCAGCUAUGGAACGCCUGACCCAAGAAGUCUUACUACUUCGGGAAAAAGUUGCUUCAGUAGAAUCACAGGGUCAGGAAGCUUCAGGAAAUCGAAGACAACAAUUGCUGCUGAUGCUUGAAGGGCUGGUAGAUGAACGGAGUCGGCUCAAUGAGGCUUUGCAAGCAGAGAGACAGCUCUAUAGCAGUCUGGUGAAGUUCCAUGCCCAUCCAGAGAGCUCUGAGAGAGACCGAACUCUGCAGGUGGAACUAGAAGGGGUCCAGGUGAUACGUGGUCGGCUAGAAGAAGUUCUUGGAAGAAGCCUGGAGCGCUUAAGCAGGCUGGAGACCCUGGCCGCCAUUGGAGGUGCAGCUGCAGGGGACGAUACUGAAGAUGCUAGUACCGAGUUCACCGACAGCAUCGAGGAGGAGGCUGCACACAACAGCCACCAGCAGCUUUAGCGUCAGAAGAAUCUUUACAUACAACAAGGCCUUGGACAGUUCCCCUCUUGGGUUUUUGUAUCUGAAACACCACAGAAGACAGGGAGUCAUCGGAGGGCUGAUCGGGGAGGUGCAGGCCUAAGACCUGCCUCAGGAGAGUGCUCUCUGAGAACCUCCGAGAGGAUCAGAAUGCUUCCAAAGUAGGGAUCUGUCCUGGUGAAAUCUUGUUGUGCAAAAGAGAAGUCUGUUGGGCGACCAACAGACCAUGCAGGUUGUGACAUGCCAGUGACCAGCAGGUGACACUUCAAGAGCAAGCCCCCAUCAAACCUCAGAACUUGGUACCCAAGGCUGAAACACUGUUCCCACCAACCAUCAGUGAAGGUGUAAACCAGCAUGUUCUCAAGCUCAAGAGUUGAAUGUCCUGGACCUCAGAGAUUAAGUCACCAACAGUGACCCCAUGGCACUCACUGGCACUCCUCUGUGUCUCCACCUUGCCCAGUGACAUUUAGCAAUCACGUCUCCUAGAUGGACCAUGCCUCUGAGUUGUUGAGGAGAAAGUGGAACAUUGGUAUCUGUCCUUCUGCAGAAGUAGCUGGGCUUUUCCAGUGAUGGCUUCCUUGGAGCUAGUAGGAAAACUUCAGGGGAAAUGAGGCUUUCUGGGUUGGCCUCUAUACCUCCUGUAUGAGAAAAAGAGCCCACACGAGCAUUCCUCACAUCUCACGGAACUUGUCACAGUCUUCGGUUCUUGAGGACACGAGUAGUCCUCAAGUAGGUAGUUGUCUGAGAUCCCUCACAUCCUCAACACAGUUUCUUUACCUUCCACCAAGCUCCCCUUUUUGUUGCUUGAGCUGUACCUGACCCUCACGUCUCCCUCGAGAUCCUGCAUGAGUUCCUCUUCUCCUUUUGCUUGAACAGCUUCUUCUGAGUCCCCCUAACCAAUGCUUGUGACCUGAAUGAUGUAUACUACUGCCCCUCCAGACAGAUUCCUCUGCUUCCCAUGCCCUGAUGUCCCUGAGGAGCUUUGGGGAGAAAAGGGGGAUCUGCAAGAUAAGCAGAUGUCCACUCUAAGACAGUUCGAUUGGGAUGUCUGCCGGUCACUGGUGGUUAUUGCUGCUGUGGACCCGAUUAAUUCCAGAAUAAGUGAACAAGAAAGCCAGAUUCUGACUAACACGGUCUAACCUAUGUGUGGUAGCACAAGCCCCUUGCUCUCAUUCUCCGCUGUGGGCAAACUGGUUUGUAGAGUUGUUCUUCCCGAACCUUCCUUCCUAUAGCCUAGCACGCAGCAAAUGACCAGACCACAUUUUGAGGAGGUCAGUUCAACCCUGGAAUAAACCUUUACACUGGAGCAUGUAUAUUUCCCUUGCAACGUCUGCCCUAUUACUUGGCAGCAAUACUUAAUAAAUUAUUAGUUAACAGACAUUUAGAUUAGGGCUUGACUCAUGAUAGACAAAGUUUUAUACCUGUUGGAUGAAGAAUGUCUUGGGUAAGCAUCAUUUUCUUUCCAUCAUCUGUCCUUGAAAAUCUGUCUCCAGUUUGGGGUAGGAGGAACCUUGGUGUAUGAAAUCAUUGUAAAUUCACUUCAACUUUUCUGGAGUUUUGAGGGUGUGACUCUCCUGCUACCAAACAAAUAAAGCUUCUUUUGUCAUAACUG